AUGCUAGAUUUGGGAAGAAAUCAUUUGAACGGAACAAUCUCACAUUGUUUGGGUGAGAUAAGUGGACUUGAGGUUUUGGGUUUAAACAACAACCAUUUCAGUGGAAAAAUUAAUGCAACUUUUAAUACUGAAAACCGACUCAACAUCAUUAACUUGUACGGGAAUAAGCUGAAAGGGAAAGUUCCGCAAUCGUUGAUCAAUUGCACAUAUUUGGUAUUCCCUGAUUUAGGCAACAAUAAGUUGAAUGACACAUUUCCAAGUUUGUUGGGAGGCCUUCCUGAUCUCUCAUCCAAUGGAUUUAGUGGAAAUUUACCAGUGAGCCUAUUUGAGAAUUUCCAAGCCAUGAAAAUUAAUGGUGAGAAUAGUGGAAUCCAAGAGUACGUUGCAGAUAAAUAUUCUGUUUCUUACGCGAAUACUUUUAUAGUUACAACAAAGGGACUGGAUCUGGAAUUUCCUCGAGUUUUGACCACAGAAAUAAUUAUCAAUCUAUCAAGGAAUAGAUUUGAAGGUCAUAUUCCAACCAUUAUUGGGGAUCUCGUUGGACUCGGUACGCUGAACCUAUCUAAUAAUGGCUUGGAAGGUGUUAUACCAGCAUCAUUGCACCAAUUAUCUGUACUUGAAUCGUUGGAUCUCUCAUCCAACAAAAUAGACGGUGAAAUUCCACAACAACUUGCAUCCCUCACGUUUCUUGAAGUCUUAAAUCUCUCACAUAAUCAUCUUGUUGGAUGCAUUGCCAAAGGAAAACAAUUUGAUACGUUUAAGAACAGCUCAUACCAAGGGAAUGAUGGGUUACGUGGAUUUCCCCUCUCAAAAGAUUGUGGUGGCGAUGAUGGGGUACCGCAACCGACAACUCCAGUUGAGCUAGAUGAUGAUGAAGAGUAA